AUGUGACGACUAAGAAGCUGUUGAGCAGAGAAAGAACAUACCGUAUCAUAUUUGCAGUCAAGCGUUAAAUUCAUGCUACAGUUUACUCGAAUCACGUCGCGUAGCUAGCAUCAAACACACACGCAUAGAGGUCCAUCUUUGGCGCGCAAGCGGAUUCAUCGGAGUCGUACGACUCCAAAUAGGAAGCUGCAGCGUGAUUACUCAUGCCUGUUUGGAGUGACGUAUUGUGUUGUCAGCGUAUAUGGAAUGUCGUAUGCCAAGAAAUUGCGAGUCAAAGAGGAAGAUCCACUUUGUGGCACACCAACAUACGUUUUUUCAGAAAUUUCAAAUUAUACGUUUAUGGCCGUGCAUACAAACGCGUUAUAAAUAUGUAAGCGAAGUUGAUCGAGCACCUUGAGAAAUAAUCAGGGUCGUGCGUAGGCGAUUUCAAGUGGGAAAUUUGAAGGUCGUGCAUGGUGGGAUCAAAUUGUCCUUCCGCACCUUCAUCAUCUCCGUGAUCGACGAGUAAAUCAGUUAGUCGCGGCUCUACCGCAGUAAGGUUGCAAGUGGUAUAAGAGAAGGAUCAUUAUUACCGUCGCGUCGCGUCGGAAAGAUCGAGUCAAGUCACAAGGGAAAAUGCGUUAUUCGCGAGGUGCAAUCUUACUCUUGCCUCUGUUGGUCGUAGUGGUCAACGGUAGUCGAUACAUACAAUCGCGAAUAAUCGCAUCUGGCGGCUGCGACAGUUAUGCGACAUGCGGAGUGAACGCGAGAUGUACAAUGAGCGAAGGACGGCCGGUAUGCUCGUGCUUGAAUCUGCAUAUGGGAGAUCCACUCGCGAGAUGCGUGCGGGUCGAAUGUCUGAUUAACGACGACUGUCCGUACAACAGAGUAUGCACGAACAACAGAUGCGUCGAUCCCUGCGUCGGUCUAUGUGGUGCGAACGCAAACUGCCAGACGAGAAAUCACAUAGGUACCUGCGAGUGCUUGCCAGGACACGUUGGCGAUCCAUUCUCAGGUUGCCACAUCGCGGAUCCUCAAGCCGCUUGCAAACCCAGCCCGUGCGGAGAGAAUACCCAGUGCGAGGUGAUCAAUCAAGUACCAGUCUGCACUUGUUUACCGGGCUACAGAGGCUCGCCGUUGGCUGGAUGCCGACACGAGUGCGAAAGUGACAGUGAGUGCUCCCAUCAUCUCGCGUGCUCGUCGUCGUUCAGGUGCGAGAGCCCCUGCAAAUGUGGCGAGAACGCGGAAUGCCAAGUCGUUAAUCAUCAAGCAACGUGCAGCUGCCCGAAAACAUGGCUGGGAAAUCCGUACGUCGCGUGUCGACCGGAGUGCACCACCCACUCGGAAUGUCCGCUGGGCAAACCCGCCUGCCUCUAUCAGAAAUGCGUGAAUCCGUGCGACGGCGUUUGCGGAGUAAACGCCGACUGCAACCUACGCGGCAUCACUCCCGUUUGCAGUUGCCCGAAGCACAUGACUGGCAAUCCUUUCGUCAGUUGCAGACUGUUUGAACCACGUGACCUCUGCGAACCGAAUCCCUGUGGUACGAAUGCGAUUUGUACUCCGGGCCACGACAAUACCGGUAAAGAGAGACCGGUCUGUACAUGUCCCACCGGUUACAUCGGCAACGCUUUGGUGGGUUGCCAGCGCGGCGAGUGUUUCACCGACAACGAAUGCCCGGACAAUCGAGCGUGCAUCGACUUUACGUGCAGGAACCCGUGUACCGGUCGCGAGUGCGGCCCGAGUGCCACGUGCACGCCCCGACAUCACAUAGCGGUCUGCACGUGUCCGCAAGGGACCAGAGGCGACGCCCUGUACACCUGUAAUCCAAUCGAGAGCAAAUCGGUAUACAAUUACGGACGUGCCUAUCGUUACCGCUACUACUAGUCAACGAAACCAAUUUCGCUUUUAAGGCUACUCGACUCGACCUUUCAAUUUCUCAACUUUCCACGUUUCACGCUAAUUUACAUGCUGUAUUUACAUGCUGUAUUUACAUAUUGUAUUUACACUUAAUAUUUCCGCACAUUUCUGCGAAAAACGAUUUCUGCGCGUGAAACGUAUCGCUUAUUUUUUACGCGAGUGGUAACAACGAAGCCGUAAACCGUACUAUCUUUUGCUCUAAUGCUGCUCCUUCCAUUCGUAGCAAAGUUCGACAUCUCUUUACAAGCUGCGACUGGUCGCGCGUCUCGUUCUUUUAGAUUGUCUUGAUAACGGAAAUAAAUACACGUAACAGGA